AAUGGUUAUAUUCUACAACAAUUGUUCAUAAAAGUAUAAAGCAGAAAUUAUUUUGAUGCCUUAUAACUAGAAUCGGUGCGAGAACAAAGGGAACAUCAUUCGUUACUUAAACUACUUUUUAUUCCAUUUAUAGGAAGCAAAACAUCUCCUUUGUGCAUCCGCUGCUAAAAAGUUCUUAUGUUUGACAAUAUGAAUUGUGUGAGCCCAAUUGUUUGAGCAAGUAGUGCAAUUAUUAUUAAGGUUGAAACACAUUCUAUUAAGGAUCAUAGAAACAUAAUCAA